UGGCGGCGCCUCCCGCCUCGGGUCUCUCCAAGGCCGAGUACCUGCGGCGGCGCUACCUGGAGGCCGGCGGGGCCGAGGCGGAGAAGAAGCGGCGCAGGAGGAGGAAGGUGGCCAAGGGGCCUCUGGCCGGCGGAAUGCGCAUAGUGGAUGAUGAUGACACGAGCUGGAAAAGCAUUCCCACAGAGCAGGACAAGGAGGAUGCGGAGGGUGAUGAUGGAGACUUGCCUGUGGUGGCUGAGUUUAUUGAUGAACGACCGGAUGAAAUUAAAUGGAUGGAGGAAUUCCGAACCAGUAACAAGUGGAAGCUAUUGGGAGACCAGAAUGAAGGAUUUCGAGGUCCUGACCGUUCUGUGACUGCGAAAUCAGCGAGCAGUUUGGAAAUUACAAAGCAAAUGGAAAUGAAAAGCUCCCUUAUUAAGAGGGGCCGCCGGGACUCGCCGGACCUGUCGCCGCCCCGCAAAGGCCGCCGGGACUCGCCGGACCUGUCGCCGCCCCGCAAGGGCCGCCGGGACUCGCCUGUUCUGCCUCCUGAAAGGCUCCAUUCUGCAACAGGCAAGAAUGAUACCAGAAGCUCAAGUGGAGGCCGACAGGAACCCAGUGCGGACAAGAACGCAGCCCAUCGAAGGCAGCAGGCUGCUCCAGGUGCUCCAGCCAAGAAGCAGCCGUGUCCAGGAGCGCCUUCACCACAGAGGUGCCAGAGGCACGACUCUGAAUCAGAUUCCGACUCCCCCUCAUCGAGGAGAAGUGCCAGAGCCGCCUCGCGGUCGGACCGUUCUCCGCCACGGUCUGUGCACAGUGCCGGCUUGCGACGGAGCCCCUCCUCAGACCUCUCUCCCCCAAGAAGGAAUCGACGCACGUCUUCAGAUUCUGAUUCGUCUCCUCCGCGAAGGGGCCAGGAGGUGCCAAAGAUGCCUCCCACACCCAGGACCUCUCCUGCCCUUGCUCCGCCUUCUUGGGCUGCGGAUUCCAAAGGGCGGCACAGGAACCACAGGGACCCGCAGAUGCUCUCGGGGGGCAAAGCUGGCUUGGUGUCGGCCGAGCUGCUCAGGAAGGAGCAGCAGGCGUCCAGGAAGCAGGACGGCGGUGGCGGCAGCAAACAGCUGGAAGCUGAAUCGCGACAUGCUGAAACCAUUUUUCGGGAUAAGUCCGGCCGGAAGAGGGACCUGAAGCAGGAGCGGCUGGAGCAGCAGAAGAAAGCAGAGGAGAAGUCUGAGCGGGAUGAGCAGUACGCCAAGUGGGGGAAGGGCCUUGCGCAGAGCCGGCAGCAGCAACAAAAUGUGGAGGAUGCUGUGAAAGAGAUGCAGAAGCCGUUGGCUCGGUACAUCGAUGACCAGGACUUGGACAAGAUGCUGCGGGAGCAGGAGCGGGAAGGCGACCCCAUGGCCGAUUUCCUCAGGAAGAAGAAGGCCAAGGAGAGGAAAGAUGCCAAAGACAGACCCAAGUACAGUGGACCUGCGCCCCCGCUCAACAGGUUUAACAUCUGGCCUGGAUAUCGCUGGGAUGGGGUGGACAGGUCCAAUGGCUUUGAGCAGAAACGCUUUGCCCGAAUCGCGAGUAAGAAGGCAGUGCAGGAGCUGGCAUACAAGUGGAGCGUUGAGGACAUGUAAGCGGCCAGGCUAAAAUGCUCAAGAGCUUCCUCCCAGUCUCAGAGCUGCUACAAGGGGCCCCAGCAGCUCACGCUGCGCGGGUUUUCCUCACAGGGAGCCUUUCAGGAGCUUUACGAAGUUAAUAGAAGCAGCUUUCUGCCUCUGGGGAGGCACAGGGGGUGCCUGGAGCGAGGGAGCACUCCCUGGGUGGGGACUCUCAGCACUGCCAGAAGGGGACCUGCCCGAAUGGAAACCCAGGACAGCUGCAACCAACUGGUCCCUUAGAUGCUAAUCUCUCAGAGCCCUGGAAGAUGCCCCGUUGACCUGCAGCUGAGCUGCAAGUUUCAGGUGCUUUGCGGGUAGUGCGGGGAGAGGGCAGGCGAGGUUACGAAGAGCCUUCCUUCUGCGCCAUGUUGUAGGAGGCUUGACUGUGGCUGCGGCUGCGGCUGCCGGACACGUUGGGCGCCACCAGGACGCCGAGCGUCCUGGCUUGCGGAAGCACAACUUACCCUUGGAUUCCCUGGCUUGGGGGUGGGGUGGGGUGCGGGGCUUGUCCAGGCAAGGCGUCCCCGUUGCCUUUUCCUGAAAGGGCCAGCCAGAACGCUCAGCUAGUCCGGCAGUGCCUGUUGAGGGUAAUUGACAGUCAUCUUGUUUCCAGUGGUAACGGGAAGCUGGUCGGGAAGUUUAUAGGUUGAAUUUAAAGCGCUUGCUUUCCCCCUAAAUUGUCUGCUGUUGGAGAAGGCUGGAAUGCCGCCACUAAAAUACUUUUUUUCAUAGAAUGUGUUUUUCCCCCAAAUGGGGGACUGUUCAUAACUGCAUUCUCUGAUAUCCUUUGUAAUUUGAAUGUACAGUUUGUAAAUAACACCUUUUUUUACCUUG